ACUCAGCUUAAUAUUUAUUGUUUCUAAUAUUUAAUCAAAGGGAGUUUAACAUUUUAUUUUCUUAUCUGAGACCACAACAACGGAACCCAAAAAUAGAUCAUUCUGUGUCUGAUUUGCCAUCAUCAUCAUCAUCAUCAUCAGCAUGACGCAAGCCCCCCCUCCCGUCACUGACUUCGAGGGCUACCUGGCCUACGCGUGCAGCCAGCUCGAGGUGGAUGUCCACCUCGUCAUCACCAGGGUGCAGAUUUCUCCUCAAGCUAGCAGACACACAACGGCAAGACAUGAAAAAAAGGUAUCCAAGGUGUCAACAGCAGAGACGAAACCUGAAGAACCCAAGGAAACACAAGUUCAGAACACCGACAAAGUAGACAAACAUAGGAAAAUUGGACUCUUGAGCUUUCGACCUACCGGUGACUAUACCGAUGAAAUAGAAAACCAAGUCAUCGUGACAACCGUGUACGAACACAAUACCCUGGUGCAAAUCAAAUUCGAGAAGAGAAUACCCAGAGAGAUGUUGAAAAUCAUAGGCCUGAUACUCCCGUACCAGCAGGCGGUAACAUCCUUGACUUUAAAGAAAGGCCUGGUCCACUACACGAUGCAUGAGCUCAGACAUUUCCUCCCGAAGAUGCCAGCGUUGACGGAACUGUGUUUCGAUGGCUCGUAUUUGGCUGAAGCCAACUUUGAGGUGCUGCUUGAUGACCCAACAAAUGUACGCCAUCUGUCUCUAGCUAGGUGCUGCAUUGACGACUUAGUUGUAGAGAAAAUUGCAGAAAAAAUAAGUCACAGACAGGCUGCCAAGAAACUGACUGCUCUAAAUCUUUCAACGAAUAGAAUAACUGAUAUUGGGGCGAAGCAUUUAGCAGACGCGCUUCGACGCAAUAGGCAACUAGCCUACUUAAACUUGAAUGAUAACCUAAUAACUGACGAAGGCGCUAAGGAAAUAUUUGAUGUCUUGAAACCUUUUCCCCUGACUAUGGAAGAGGUAAUGGCAAAAAAAGCAUGUUACAUCAAAUACUUAUUGAAGAAAAUGGAGAUCAAAUCAGAUUCAGAUGACGAGGAAAUAACUAAAAGCAAAUUAUCAGUAUCUCAGUCUGAGAACAACACUAAAAAAGCUAGUCUGUAUUCAGUGAAGACAUUACAACCCAGUAAAAGAACAGAUUCUGCAGUUUCCAAAGAAUCUGAAUUGCUGGACGAAGAGUUUAAAUAUCCUUUUAACAAACAUAACCUUAUAAAUAAAGAAGGACUGACAUAUUGCCUAGGCAAUAAUAACCUUGUUGUGCUCAAUUUAGCCUACAACGAUUUGAGUUACCUGACACUGAAGAAAUUGAAAGAUGUGCUAGACAGUCAGAUAGAACUAGAUAGACAACCUAGAGGGUUGAUGAAGGUCUGCAUAGAAGGAAACAAUAUGCCAAGUUCUUGCCAAGAAUUGGACCAAAUCAAAGAAAUUUUCCAAUGUAACGAAGUUGUACAGGAACAAAAGAAGAAAAAUUCAGCUACGCUCAAGAAAAAAACUAAGAUAAUGUGAAUACAUUUUAUGCUCUAUAAUUUUA